AUGUCGAGCUAUUUAGACGAAAUUUUGAAAACUCUAGGGUGGGAAGAUGGCUUUCAAAUACCAGUCGCGAAUGCGGAAAAUCAACAACUCGAAGCGGAAGUCGCCAGACUCACGCUCCAAAAAAUCAAGGAGAAAACAGCCCUUGAAACGUCCGCCGUCAAGCUCGAAAACAUCCAGAAUCACCUCAAAUACGUUAAGCAAGAAAGCGAGCAAAAUCAGAAUCUGAUCACUGCACACGCCCAACAACUCCAAUCCGAGGAGAGUAGACUCCGCUUGAGCGCCGCUGAAAAGGAUAAGUUCGAGCAGGACAUAAAACAGUGCGAGAAACAAUUCGCCGAUAUCCAGGCACGACAAUCAAUCAAGAAAAACCAGCUGGAGAGAUAUGUGAAAAAAUUGGACAAACUCAAAUCCGAAACGGACUGGGACAGCGAGGCUCUGAAAGCUUGGGAAGAGUCGCUAAAAAAGCGCGAUGACGACAAUGAACUAAUCAAAAAAUUCUCCAAACAAGACGACCGAAAGUACAACGAACUGGAAGCCAGGCGCCAGAACUUGGAAGUCGAAUUCGCGAACAGAAAACAAACCAUUGACAAAAUGGUCUCUGAUCUGAUUAAUUACGAACGUGUCUUGGAGCGCACCGGAAAAAUCAUGAAGCAGCAAGUCGUUGAACGCAAUGCCCUCAUCCAGCAGUGGAAGGAGUCGGUGAACAUCCUGCACCAACGCGACAACGACAUUGACCGCCUCCAAGCACAAAUGCUGGAAACGCAGGAAAUAAUCUCGAAGGAGGAGGAGAAACUAGAGGAACAGAAGCAAUUUUACGAAAACGAAGUGCGAAACAACAACGAACUGCAGCACGAAGCGCAACAGUUGAACCUCCUAAACUCGCGAAUCCGUCGCGAAUUGAACGAAAUGUCCCAAAACAUGUUGGUUUUGAACAGUCAAGCCGAUACUUUGCGACGAACCAUGAUUCUGGUGGCCAACCAGCUGGAGAAAGAACGUCUGCACAAGAAACACGCUUGGGAAGAAAUCGAGAAGAUGGAACACAAAAUUGCCAUUUUCCGCGCCAAUUUAGACGUGCUCAAAACCAAGAACGAGCAAGUGAAACAGUCGACUUUGUCGGCCGAUGAACGCAUGAAGCACUUGGAGAAGUUGAUUGAUUACGAACAGAAGCAACAGAAAACGUUGCAGCUUGAAGCUGAGUCGCUGCAGAAUGCGUAUUUCCGGUCCCAACACGAACUGCAGGAACAGCAAAGUAUUGGGAAAAUGCGAGAUCUUGAGAUUUAUGGCAUGACCACGAAUAUCAAUCACUUGCGGAAGCAUAACGACGACCAAAAGAAGGCCUUAGGGAAGCGAAAGGAGGACGCGUACGAUUUGGACUAUAGGAUUGAUGAGGUUCAAAGGAAAAUUCUGAUAAACGAGAAUGUGCUUCACAGUGAUGAUACGGAAGAACUCGAAGGGAAACUCAUCGAGUUGGAAAACAAAAUUGCGGAGCAUACUGAAAUUAAAAAUUUGUUAAAAGAUCAAGUGAACAAAAUCCGAGAUGAUAUGCGAAGACUGACCACGGCAAUCGUAGCUGACCAGAAUCAACUAAGCGUCUUAAAAGACAAACUGCAACACCAGAACUUGAAUUUUGAAGGCGGGCAAAAACAAUUACAAGUCCUGAAAAACGGCAUACAAGAGAAGCAAGUGGAGGAGAACAUCCUACGCCUGCGUGUCAACCAAUUGAACAAAGCGAUGAAGAAGGAAGAAAACAGUAUCUACACCAUGAAAAAAUUCAAAUUAACUUUGGAACAAGCGACUCAAGAACGCAUGCUUGAAAUUGAGACCAGUAAAGAUAUCCUUCUUGCGAAAAAACGCAACUUGGGUGAAGACAAUGGACGAUUAAGAUGCGAUAUCGCCGAAAGGCGACUAAAACUGGACCAUUUCAAGAAAAAAUAUGACAUUAUUUUGACCAGUUUGGGGAAAGAUGAGGACGGACAGCCACUGUCUGUUACUCACUUUAAGAUUAAGAAUGCGCAAGAAAAGUAUUUGUUGCAACAGGAAGGAGAUGAGCUAGAUAUGAAGAUAAAAAAGGCAGAAAAGGAAAUUCUUGCGAUGGAAAACACUUUGAAGGUUGUCAAUUUGACAAAUGCGGCCUUUAAGCAAAGUCUUGGAGCGGUUGAGGAUGAUGGACGGGAAAUGAGUGAAAUGAAAAUGUUGGAAAAUGAAAUGCUUUUGAUAAAUGAUACUUUGCGGGAGAAUAGGAAGAAGAUGGCAGUGAAACGACAAGAACUGGAAGAAGUACAAAAUGCACUAAAAGAGCUUGAAAUAAAACGCGAUCAAGCCAAAGACGCACUUUUCGACUUGGAGGAAGAGUACUUAAAAACUGAGAAAGAAAGCUCUGAGAAAGAAGAAAAGCUCAAAAGAGCUGAACGUUGUUUAAAACUCGCACAAAAGAAAGUUCGUCACAAGGAACGUGAAAAAUAUGACAGAGACUUGGAAAUCCGCCAAUUGAAGGAAGCUAAUCUCAGUGCUAUGCAGCGUUUGGUGGAAAUGUCUAUACGUUAUCAAGAAAUGGCACCGCUGAUUACUCGUUACACGCUCGAAUAUGACGUCAAAUUACCCGAAAAACGCACAAUUGCCUCCUUGUGUGCCUGCUCAGAAUCAACAAGGUCUACGUCCAGCAGUUCUUGUAAUCAAGAAAAAGACGUUUCUGACGUUAAAAGCGUCAAAUCUGAGUCCAGUUCGACGAAAAGUUCCGCAAUUUCAAAAGUCUCAAUUACAUUCCAAAUGUAGGUAAAAAUACACAAUUAAAGUAA